AUACACGCACGCCAUGAUUUUUGAAUGACAACCAUAAUCACAAAAUCGCUCCAAGGUAUUCCUGUUCAGUUUAAAUUCAAUUGGAAAUGCGUCAGCACCAACAACGGAAAUCGUCAAAACGAAAUCAAAAUAUCAAAACAAUGGCGCCCAAGGCGGCAAGCAAUGGCAUUGGCUUAAAUAAAUUUCUUCUGCAAGCAGAUAUUUUGGCCAAAUCCAUUGGUUUAAUACCCUACGACGAGGAGAAUGGCAAGCGUUCCGCCCGCUAUGAAAAGCUAAUGAAAUUUAUUUUCAUUUUGAAUAUGGUGAAUAUGAAUUUUGUUCUCUUCUCGGAAAUCAUGUACGUCCUGUUGGCCAUGAAGAAUGGCAAUAAUUUUGUGGAGGCUACCAUGAAUCUAUCGUACAUUGGGUUUGUUUUUGUUGGCGAUAUUAAAAUCAUUAGUGUGCUACGCAAGAAGCCUGUCCUUACAAUUUUGAUGAAGGAAAUCCAAGAUAUCUAUCCCAAAGAUGUGCGGGCGCAAAAGGCCUAUCAGGUACGGGAAUAUGUUUGGCGUUUCAAUUUGAUAAGCCUGGGCUUUGUGAUCGUCCAUGAGAUUUUAAUUUGGUUCUAUAAUCUCUACAUUGCUGUGAGUUAUUUAAUCUAUGAAUGGUGGCUGCAAUGGCGCGUGGUGCCGCGCACACUACCCUAUUAUUUUUGGGUCCCCUGGCAAUGGCAGGGCCAUUGGUCGUAUUACAUUUUAUAUGUAUCGCAAAAUUUCGCAGGACAUACAUGUAUGUCUGGCCAACUGGCCAAUGAUUUGUUUUUGUGUGUGGCAGCCACGCAAAUAAUUAUGCAUUUUGAAUUCCUGGCAAAACGUUUGAGGGAGUACAGGCCAACUGGACGACAUGUGGACGAUUUGAAGUUUCUGCGGGAACAUAUCAAAUAUCAUCAGGCUGUAAUACAUCUAUCGGCACUAAUGAACGAAGUCUUCGGCGUUAGCCUUCUGGUCAAUUUCAUUUCAUCGUCUUUUGUGAUGUGCUUUCUGGGCUUUCAAAUGACCAUUGGCGUUGAGGCGGACACGCUGGUGAUGCUCUUUAUGUUUCUCUUUUGUUCGUUGGUGCAAAUUCUAAUGAUAUGCAAUUAUGGACAACAAUUGAUAAUAAAGAGUGAGGAAAUAGGCCAUGCUGUCUAUUCACAGGAGUGGCUGAAUAGUGAUUUACGUUAUCGCAAAAUGUUAAUUGGAAUAAUUGCUCGUUCCCAGAAGCCAGUCAUACUGAGGGCAACCACAUUCUUGAAUGUGUCGAGGAGUACCAUGACGGAGUUGAUGCAGCUCUCCUACAAAUUCUUUGCCCUGCUACGGACCAUGUAUUCGAAAUAGAGAGUUUUGUAAAAAAAUAUUAAAAAUGGACAUCAAUUGCAAAUUCUUAACAACUUAAAUCAUAAAAAUAAA